AUGUCAUCAACCAUCACAGCCCAGGCUCCCAUUGCCAAUCCUCACACCGAUACCUUGUCGUCUCUGCUUGAUGUCUAUGCAGCCUCUGAUCAUGCGACCACCAACUGGAAUUCGAUGAUAGGCGGUAGCCAACCAAUAUCGCCGUAUGUCACCUCCAACUUGUCGUAUCCCAGCAUACACCACCAACCAUCACUACACGGGUUUCAGCCCCCAAUGUCAGAUCCUACGAUCGUCCCGACGACAUUUGGUGCAGAGACGGAUGUGAUGCAACAGGCUCAACAAUUGGUCAAACAAUUCCAACAUAACAACUUGUCACGAGCUGCCUCGCAGUCCCAGGGGGGGCAUUACAACAUGCCACAAGCUCAACCUUCACCCUCGUUCGCACCCUCCGCACCGCCUACUUGGCAACACCCAUCUCGAAUACCUCUUCAGCAGUAUCCCUCGCUUGGUGCUCAACCGAGCUAUCCGAUAUUUCAUUUCGAUACAUCCCAAGGUGUACGUAUGACAGAGAGAGGAGAUCCCUCUCCGCUCGAUGGACUCGUUCUUCCGCCCGGGUUCGACGAUCUGUUUCGCCCUCGCCCAGGAUUCGGGAACACUACUUACAGUCACAUCCCGCCUGCUCAUUUCUCAUACUACGCGGGCGCUUCUCAGUUGGGGUCUCAAGCUCAAAGGACAGUGGCCGAUACGGGUUCAUCGCUCAUCGACGCAGGUACAGCAUUUGCCUCUGCUGUCGGUCACGCGGCUCGCGAUAUCCUCGGUUCAGUCAUCGAUGGAGUUUGGGAUCUCGCCACUGCUAGUCAGCCGAUGACCGCAGCUACGCUAGGGACCAUUGGACUCAUGACGCUUUUGGAGACUGGGAGAGAUAUAGGUGUAGGAGGUACAGCAUUGAGUUUGUGGCGGCCUAUCGUUGGCGCAGGAGCGUACUGUUACGCCAGGCGCCUGGGUGGCAGGGGGUAG